AGUAGAACACUAUUAUAAUUACUAUUUUAUGUUCUAUCUUGUACAAUUUUGUUUCGCUGGUUUAAUUAUGCUUAAUUGCUUGAAAAAAUAUUUUAUUAUUGUCGUCGUGAGUAGGUAAUUUGUGGUAGACGCUUGAAGGAACCGCGCAUUACUCCUUGCGUCUUGCCUUGGAUACUUGUAUGUGUAAAAUAGUAUUAGUACGCACAAAUUAUCAAAUUAAGGCAAGGGCUAGUUACGUGAUGAAAGGUAUGCUAUUAGUGUGUAUUUAAAAUGACACACUCAGAUAAAGAGGAAUAUUCAGUUAAUGGGUUUUAUUACGACAGAAUUUGGAUGUCAUUUUUGCUUAGGCAGAUUAAACAAUUCUUAACAGGCUGUAGAAUAUAAUUUUCUUAGAGGUUCGGAAAUGAAUGUUGUGGUAAACUACCUAACAUUAUUUCUCACUAAGUCAGGUAGAAAGAAACAGCAGUACAAUGUUACGCAUGCGAAACAUCGUAUAGAGACAGGUGUCGAUCGAGACUAUUUUGUUGUGCUUAUUUAAAUUUGUCAAUGGUUGACUGUGUGAUGAAACUGUGUUAUGGUCUUUGGGGGGAAAAACCAAAGUGGAAGAACGUCUGCAUAAGUGUAGUUUGUCACAUGUCGGCAACUUCAUCCAGUCGUUUGUUACCGACAACGGUAGCAUUGCGAAAGUAUCGUGUUGCUCGUGGGAUAUAAAUGGGUUGUCAUUGCCAAUCUUUCACAGUUAAAGAUUCCUUCUUCUGACAGCGGAUCGUCGUUUGAACUUGUGUGAACGUCAUGGAAUCAUCUUUUCACCAAAAGUUGCCUUUGAAAAUGCGGCGAAAAAAACUGAAGCCAACACUUAGAAGCAUCUACCAUUCCCCAAAAUAUCAACCAAAGGUUGUGCUGGAGCGUUUGAAUCUGACAUCCCUGAGCAAAUACCAUCUGUCAAAACCCAAGAAACAAGUUACACAAGCAGCCACACCCAUCACAAAGGUGCUUCCACUACCACCAAGGCGCAAAAUCAGCAUAGAUUUUCUGAAAACGCAAAGUGUGCAAGAAAAUGUUGUCUCCAGUGGCUCAAGUCCUAUCGCAGCUUCUCGUCCAAAACGGAAAGGAAGUACAGCAUCUCACUCUGAUGAACAAGAAGUGCCAGUUAUGGACACACACAAAACCAACAAAAGUGAGAGACUGAAAGCAAGAGCUCUUUCAUCGGGCAAACCUCCUGAUCACUCGCAGCCUGAAUUAGGUUUCCAUGCGGAUAUUGAGGAACCUUCACGUCAGAGGCCUUCUAGCUGCCCACCCAGAGCAGCAGUCUCAUCCACAAGCAGUGUAAAGAAGGGAAAUUAUGAGGAAGAUGGGUUUGUGAACAGUGCAGAUGACAUAUCUAGUCGAGAAGGAACACCUGAUGCUUCGUCUAGUUCCCGGCUUUGGCCCACACCAAAAAUUGUCUCUGUGUCAUCAAUGGCAGUACUAGACAGUGAGGCCAAACAGCGGCUUCGGAAGCCAAUCAUUUCAUCACAAGCUGAGGCAGCAUCUACAAGUACCAGCACUCUCGAUGUGGAGGCAGAUCAGAGCAUUCGUCAGCCAACCACCACUACAUCAAGCCCCACAAAAGAUGAGACUACAGCUGAGCCUCCAACCAAAAUAGUACGGCUAGCAGAUGAUGCUGAGGAUGCUGUGCCAGAAGCGGAGGCCCCACAGCCUGCCCAGCUGGGGUUCUGGGACAGGGAGCGUAGGAUUGCUGGCAUGAGAAAUUCUCUCUUCCGCCUCCAGGACGUUGUUACGAGGGUUUCUAAAGUGUCACAAGCCCAAGCAGCUAAGAUACAGGAGUUGCAGGCAAAAGCAAAGAAUGUUCCUCAGGUGAUGUGUGACCCACGCUGUGUUGAGUUACAACGCACUCUGGCCAUACUUGGUAUUGGUGAUGAGAUUUUUGUUAAAUUAGCUGGCAUAAUUAGUGACUCCCAACCUGGAACAGAGUUUUUUAAUCCUAAAGCUGCAACUAUCAUGAAUCUUAUAAGGGAUUAUACAUCUUUGUAUUGAGGUAUUUGAUUUUUUUUUUCCCCAUUGGUAGUAAAACUCACAUUUUAUAAGGCUGUAUAAAUUUUUUUACUUAUUUACUUGCUUUUUACAGUCAGACGUAUCUGACAGUGAAUAUACUUAUAUGCCACAUAUAUACUCACUGACAAAACUUGUUUACUUGCCUCAAAGGCAAACUAUAAAAAUUUAGAUGGUUUGAAGAUUUCCUUAAUUUUUAAAAGAAAAUGUGAAAAUUCUGCAUCAUGACGUUGUUAAUAAAUGGAAUUCAUUUGCAUC